ACAAAGAUGUUUCAAACUGGGGUCCUCAUUGUCUUCUACGGGCUGUUAGCCCAGACCAUGGCCCAGUUUGGAGGCCUGCCUGUGCCCCUGGACCAGGCCCUGCCCUUGACUGUGAAUCCAGCCCUGCCCUUGAGUCCCACAGGUCUUGCAGGAAGCUUGACAAAUGCCCUCGGCAAUGGCCUGCUCUCUGGGGGCCUGUUGGGCAUUCUGGAAAACCUUCCGCUCCUGGACAUCCUGAAGCCUGGAGGAGGUACUUCUGGUGGCCUCCUUGGGGGACUGCUUGGGAAAGUGACAUCAGUGAUCCCCGGCCUAAACAUCAUUGAUAUAAAGGUCACUGACCCCCAGCUGCUGGAACUUGGCCUUGUGCAGAGCCCUGAUGGCCACCGUCUCUAUGUCACCAUCCCUCUCGGCAUAAAUCUCCAAGUGAAUACGCCCCUGGUUGGUGCAAGUCUGUUGAGGCUGGCUGUGAAGCUGAACAUCACUGCAGAAAUCUUAGCCGUGAGAGAUAAGCAGGGGAGGAUCCACCUGGUCCUUGGUGACUGCACCCAUUCUCCUGGAAGCCUGCAUAUCUCUCUGCUUGAUGGACUUGGCCCCCUCCCCAUUCAAGGUCUUCUGGACAACCUCACAGGGAUCUUGAAUAAAGUCCUGCCUGAGUUGGUUCAGGGCAAGGUGUGCCCUCUGGUCAAUGAGGUUCUCAGUGGCUUGGACGUCACCCUGGCGCAUGACAUUGCCAAAUAA